AUGCUUCCUUCAGAGGAAAGUUACAUCGAUGCCGUUGUAGACAAUGCGGAUCAAAUUGGGUCAUACAGUGGGCCAAUCCGUGGGCAGGAGAGCGGGCCCUUCCUUUUCUCUAGCGAGCACUUGCAUGGCAAGCGCCACCCAGCCCUCCUUCCACCCACAGGCCGCUUUGCGGGUGCGCUGUGGUACAACUCCCUUUUUUGGCCCAACUUUCCGGAGCUGCGGUGCCUGGAGGAGUGCGACACAGAGCUGCUGGCAGGCCUCCGGCAAGUAAAUUCUGACGGGCACCUGUCUGAGCAGUACGUGACAUUUGCAGCAGCCCGGGAAGAUCUUUGCAACCACAGCUCAUUGCCGCAGGAGCCGCUGACCAUUCACGCGGAGGUGUUGCAGUAUGAUGGUGUCCGAGAGAACCAUUGGCGUUUCCCUUUGCAGGAUUUUAUUCCAAAGCGUGGUCACCACACGCCCUACGAGUGCCAAUCCAGACGCUCCUACGAGAAUGGGGUCAUCACUCUCGGCCUCAAUGCCGAGGAAUUCUCAGAUUCCGUUUUGCCCGUGAGUGACUUGGAUGUCCACAUCACGCUGAGUGCUGAGCCCGCUGUGCAGCGGCACGCGCGGGAGGGGCACAGCUUUGUGCUUCUGAAGUUGGGAGGCUGGCCCUACCGGGUGCGGCGCCUGGGCACCUUCGAGGGCCUGGGGGAUGGCGGCCGGAUCGAACUGCAGUUGGGCAGCGGCGACUUCCGGGAAGAGGCGCUGUGGCAGCUUCUGGGCCUUUCCGGUGAAGAGGAGUGCGGGCGGACGGGCUGCAAGUACUGGUGUCAGCUGUAUGAACUGGAUUGGCUGGGGCCAAAACGGGAUGAAAGCUUGGCGUUUGAUCCGGAAAUUCCCCUGGAGAAGGGCUUCGUUUGGUUCCGAGUGCUUGAAGGCGAGCAGCUCCCCAGCGGCCGGGCCGUGCGGGUGCAGCUGCUGGAGGACGGUGUCGUCCCAGCCUGGCUGGACCUCAGCUUUCUCCAGGUGUGGGCCGGCGACAUCCCGCUUGGCUACCUGAACAAGGCAGUGGAUGAGAUCUUCGAAGGUCGAGUUCAAGUGAUACGCACCGUAGAGGAUGGCACCGACGGGGAGGGAAUCCGCAAGGUGCAGAUUGUGAAUUCGCUUGGCAGCUUGGCCUUCGACGAUCCAUUCCGAUGCAGCGUGAAUCAGAUCGUGGACUUGGGAUGGUCGAUCCAUGACGUCUGCUACAGGGGUGCUCGCCUGAGCUUGGGCCCACAGCCAGGCAGAGGCAUGUUCAACUGCAGUUGCCUCGAGACCCACGCCAUCACUGAGGAGCUUACUGUUGAGGAGGAGGCCGACCUGCUGCUCGAGGCUGAGCGGCAGUUGGUGCAGCUCCGCUGGACCUUACAAAGAGCUCGCUCUGCCACAGAGCAGGAGGUGCAAAAGGUCCUCGACCAGGCGUCCAAGACCUGUGCAUCCGUUUCACGGGCCCAGCCGGAGCUGGCAGAAGAGAUUGUGCACGCCAUCACGGCGGUCAAAGCCAACUCAGAGACUGUCAAAGUUGAGGCUGAUGCACCGACGGCGAAGCAGGUGGUGGCAAGCGUCGAUCCAGCAGAGGCGCAGACGCGGCGGGAUGCUGUGGCAGCCUUCCUGAAGAAGCACGGCUUUAGCGCUGUCAGCAGGGGUAAGAGGUCUCUGCUGUCAACGACCUAUCCACUGCACAAGGCAGUCAAGCUGGGUGAUGCCAGGGUGGCAGUUUGCGCGGUUUUGGGAGUGCUACAUCAGGAUGGUCGGAUUCCUUUUGCUGGAGGGAGCUGUCAAGGAUCAAAAGGAUUCUAG